AAUCCCUUCCGUGUGACCGUGUUCGUCGGUCGUCGCCAUUCCAUCCCACUUUCCCCUCCCCCCACUCCCCGCCUCCACUGCGAGCUUCGAGAGAGCCUAGGGUUCCCUCCCCUCCCCUCCCUCCCCGCGCGCUCCCAUGGCUGCCUCCGAGGUGGUUCUCGAGGUGCUCCCCCAGGCGCCGCCGCAGGAGCCGGCGGCCGCGCUGCUCCCGCACCUCGCCGUGCCCAAGGUGCUGCAGUACCUGUACCUGGCCAGCGCGUGGGUCGGCUGCGCGGCCGUGGCCGCCGGGACCGCCGCGCGCCGGGCCUUGGGCGACGACUCCCCGGUGACCUACGCGUUCCUGAAGGUCUCGAUCGGAGCCCUCCUCUUCCCCGUGCUGCUCGUCCUCGUCGUCACCCUGCGGCUCCUGCGCGCCAUGUGCGCGGCGGGGUUCGCGCUGUCGGUCCGCACCGUCGCCAGGGAGGUUCAGAUCCAUUCCAGGAAGAUGUUUGGAGCAUUAACUUGGAAGUUGCUGCUGGAGCCUGCUGCGCUUGUGUUGCUCGUGUCUUUCCUUUUCUUCCUGCUGCUCGGAGCAGGUGCUCUAGUGCUUGGGGGGCUGUUACCGGUGCACGAAUCUCAGAGGGAAAGGAUUGGUUCUGCACUCUUUGAUACGGGGGUAUUGGGUGCCAUGGGAAUGUCUUGCUUUGUCAUCAUACCCAGUUUUGCACUAAAGGUCUGGAGGAGCGAAUAGGGUGGCGAUGCGGAAGCAUUUCAGUAUCUGAGGCAAGGACAAGUAGAGAAGGCACUGAAGCUCGACAAGCAGUUACAGCACAGACCCUGAGGUAUACUGGCGUCUGCGGCCGAAGCUAGCUGACUUCUCUGCUUAGGUUCUGUAAUAUUACUUUAUUAAGUCGUUCUCGGUGCAUUGCUGUACAUAUUAAUGUUUGCUGGAACUCGUAACCUGAUGCUGAAGCUGAAUUGGUUGCGAUGGGGUCACUGGUUAUCAGUUUAUCAGCACCCUGUCUGAAUAAGUACUCUUUAAGACAUCUUGUCUCGUGAAAUGAAUGUAACUGAUUCACUACUGUGAUGCGACGAUUGCUUCGUGGCAACUGGCUGGAUCUGUGGCUGCUAAUUGUCAA